CGCUCGUGGUGGAGCAGAGUCCGGGGAGGCCGAAUCACCGCGCUCAGAGCGUGCACGUGUGCGAGUGCGCGCCCCCGACCGCGGGGGAACGAGAGAGAGAGAGAGAGAGAGAGAGAGAGAGAAAGAACGCGUGAAGCCACGAAACAGAAGUGAGGAACGGGCGUCCGACCCGCACGGAUCUACGCGCGCUCCCGGGAAGAUGACCGACACGAGCCCACGGUGGAGAGAAAACCGGAGCCGCAGCGUCUAAACGAUCUCCAAGCUGUGCUGAACAAAGGGAAGACUCGGUGCACAACUGGACAGUGCAGUUUAUGUGGAUUUGUCAGUAAGUAACAGCUGCUAUACUGCCCCUGGACUGUAGCAGUGGUGAGCAGCAGUGGUGCGGCAGCUGUGCCAUGUGAUGGAGCGAUUUCCUGUCCACUGAGUGUGCUGCUGUCAGCACUGCAGACAUGUCUGCUUGCAACACCUUUACUGAACACGUGUGGAAGCCAGGCGAGUGCAAGAACUGCUUCAAGCCCAAGAGUCUGCACUGCCUACCUGAGGGGAGUCCACUCAAGUAUUCCCCUGAACAAGUCCUCAGCCAACACAGUCACACGUCUCCAGGUGGCACAAAUAACAUCAACCACCCAUCACCCACAGGUGUCAGGGCUAUUACUAACGCUAACCUUGCUAGCAACCCUCAGAGAAGCAGCAGUUCUUCCCGUUCGGGCCAGUUUCGCCCUCCUGUAGCAAAAAAGCCUACAAUUGCUGUAAAGCCUACCAUGAUGCUCCCAUGCUCCGGAAUGGGCCUAGAUUUAGAAGGAAAUGCUCAAAAACUGGUUGAGGGGGCAGAGUCUGGAAAAACUUCAGCGUUUACCAUUUGGAAUCACAAUGGCUUUAACAGGAAGAGGCCCACAGAACCAAACAACAAUGAGAGAAAUGAUGAAAGGGUAGAAAUGGGGGGAUUUGCCUCGUUCUGCUCGCCAAGCAGUAACAAUAACAGUGGCCUAACUGAUGUGUUAAAGGAGAUUGCAGGUUUGGACUCGGAUCUUAGCUCCAAUAGGGACGACUUUUUGGGCCGGAUCAGCUGUUCAUAUAGGCGCUCAUUGGAGAGAGGCUUGCCUGCUGCCAGCUGUCUGGCCUUGGGUCGUAGCGGUAGUGCAAAUAAACAUGUUUCUUUGAGCAACAGCGCUGAGAUUAUCAGUUCCGAAGGGGGGCGCUUCUGCUACCCAGAAUUUUCUGUUGAUGGAGAGGAGGAUGAAGAAUAUGAAGAGGAAAGUGAGAGUGAUGAUGGUGAGCAUGAGAGCUGGGAUGAGAGUGAUGAAGAGCUUUUAGCUAUGGAGAUCCGGAUGAGGGGCCAGCCACGCUUUGCUAAUUUUCGUGCUGCAACACUUUCUCCAGUUCCGUUUGCAGCUGGUAAGAAGUGGAACACUGUACCUCUGAGGAACCGCUCCCUGCAACGGAUCUGUGCUGUCGACUAUGACGGCUAUGAUGAUAUUCUAAAUAGUUACCCUUCCAUGGACUCCAGUGGAGCACCCAGCCUGCUUCCAUAUGGCUCCAACCGCCAGGGCAGUGGUUUCCUGUCUAAUUCAGAGUCUAUCACCUCACCAGAAUCGUCAUCAUCUCUGCCUGAAGACUCCUGCACCUCCAGCAGUGGAAGCAGUGUUUCUCGCAACCAGCCUAACGGGUUACACCCCAUUCCGUUUAGUAGAGACUCUGCAGUACAUCAAGAUCCAGUGGGCCGAGCAUUUAGCUCACCUAAAGCCACUGAGACGCACAAAGCUGUUCUGGCGAUCAGAUUACAGGAUCAAGACAUCAAUCAGAGAGAAGGUGGCCCUCUUCCACAGGCCCUCCCUGGCCAGCCAAUCACGAUAAGCUUUAGCCCAACAGAGGAGCAGCCUAAACCUUACAGAGUAGUGAGUUUGGAAAAAACUCCCAUCUGUAAGCCUUACACUGUGGUUGAUGUAUCAGCAUCUAUGGCUAGCACUGAGGAACAAACUACUGAGAGCACUGUGAAGCCUAAAUGCCCAACCACAUCACUGGGUCCUCCACCCUACCCAGGAGCCUCAAAAAACAUCCCCCUCUUAGCCUCUCAUUUCUCUCCAAAAUCACCUGUAUCACCCAAAACUCCCCUUUCACCCAAGUCUGCAGCAGUAUCUCCAACCACUUCAAUAUCUCCAUUGAAUUCGGUUUCUCAAUCAGUCCCAGUCUCUCUAAGUACUGCCUUGGCCAAUGCUGCUACAUCUAGCCCGUCCUGUAAGAAGCCUGGGAACAUUCGUUAUCAAGAGGUGUGGACGUCUAGCACUAGCCCUCGGCAAAAGCUCCCCAAAGUAGAGUUGCUUAGCGGGACGCCCUCGGGAUCAUCAGUCCCUCCCAGACACGUUAACCAUAAAUCAGCUCCCACCUCCCCGGUUGCUGGUAUCUCCUCUUCACGCACCAUACCCGUGAAGUCACCUAAUUUGUCAGAGAUCAAAUUCAACAGCUAUAACAAUGCUGGCAUGCCUCCUUUCCCAAUCAUCAUCAGAGAUGAACCUACAUAUGCACGGAGUUCCAAGAAUGCAGUAAAAGUUCCCAUUGUGAUUAACCCAAGUGCAUAUGAUAAUCUGGCGGUGUAUAAAAGCUUUCUGGGUGUAUGUGGUGAGCUGCCACAGGCUAAACCAGGAACAGGAGGUCGAGUAGCCAGCCACACGUAUGAGGAAAUCGGCAACUCUGAGAAUGCUCAGGCCUCACCAACAGAGCACAAGCUCAAAAAACUUGUCUCGGCUGACACCACGGAAGAGAGGGACACCACAAGAGCAGGAGCUCACAGUGACAAAGGCAAAAAUACUCCAGAGUGUAGUACAUCAGCCAACAUUUCCGUUACUGUUUCGAGCCCUAGAACAAAUAUUGGCCCAACUCUUAGCACUGUGUCUAGCAGUCUGACAAAAAGCAGCUCUGUUAAACUCAACAGUAGCUCUAACACCGGUGAUGACUUACCUGCAUCAGGCAGCAGUGAGGGCCAGACCCCUCUAGCACUGGGUCAGGACAGGGAGAAGGCCAGCAAGGUGCUGUCUCAGAUAGUAGCCUCAAUCCAGCCACCCCAAUCUCCUCCAGACUCGCCUUCUUCUCACAGCAAAACCUGCAGCUUUGAGGAGCUCUACUCUCUUCCCCCUGAUGCAACUAAGGGUACUCUCAGCAGACCCAAAUCUCUCCACUGCCCUCCAGACAGCAGCCUGUCCAAAUCGCACACGCCAUCCAAGCUCUUGCCGAAGUCCCAGAGUGCCUCAGCAGCCGAGGCUUGCACUAGUCCAAAAUCUGAACCCAGUGCCCCCUUCCCUCCGCCCAGAUCCACCUCUUCCCCAUACCAUGCCAGCAACCUGCUUCAAAGGCACUUCAGCAACUGGACCAGACCCACAGGCUCCAGGCCAAGUGACGGGGAUGUUAGCCCCGGGGUAGAAGGCAGACGUUCUGCUGACAGUAACAGGCCUAAGCGUUGGAUCUCCUUCAAGAGCUUCUUUCGUCGGCGAAAAGAUGAGGAAGAACAAAAAGAGAAAGCAGAGAAAGAGAAAGAAAAAGAAAAAGGAAAGCUUGUGGGCUUGGAUGGUACUGUUAUCACUAUGUUACCUCCUCCUCCCCUCCAGAGGCAGCAUUGGUUUUCCGAGUCAAAAACCGAUGAUCCCAACCAGAAACCCACCAUUAUAUUCACCUAUAAGCCAGACAGUGGGGCAGGAGGCGAUGGGGAGGCAGAACUCAGGGUGGAGGAAUGUAAUGCAGUGGCAACUGGAGUGCUGUCAUACAACCAGCCAGGCCCACCGAAGAGCAGAGCCAGCCUUUUGAUCAGCAAAGUGAUGAGUCAGAUGCCUGUUCAAGGCCCAGAGACUGAUCCUACUGCCAUCGCCUCUUUGCCAGCCAAGCAGAAACUGCCGACCGUGAACGAGCCGCCCGGCCUCUCGACACACCCCGUGCCCGCCCCUCUCGCCCAACGUAGUCUAGGAGAGCCAGAGGACGAGGAGGGCACACACACACACUCUCACUCACACUCCACUGCCUCCAGCUCUUGUAGUGCAACAUACACCAACUUAGGUCAGUCAAGGGCCAGUUUGAUUCCCGCAAAGCACCCAAGACACCCCAAGUCCGCUGAUGACACUCUCCAUUCUGAAUCGGAAGGAUUCAACGUGGGCCCCAAAUCCACUCCGCCACCAUUGCCGAAGAAAAACAUGCCACGCGCCAAUACAGAGCCGUCAAUGACCAGAGACCCGAUGAACCGCCGGCCCCUGGUCGAGGCCAAGCCAGGUGGUGCCAGCUUGAGCGUGGCUAAUCCACUCUAUGACCUAGACUCUACCUGGGACACGGCGAGUCAGAGCUCCUCACUCAGCUCGGACGCCCGCCAGCUAGACGAGUCCGGAGACUCUCUGGAGAGGCCAGUGGCCGGGGGAAGCAGCCAUUCUCGUUCAGCCAACAGCAGCACGGCCCUAGAUCGGGAAAAGCUUGGCUGCCGCAGCACAGAGAGUCUUGCAGCCGGUAAAUCGCACAGACUUGCUCUUUACAGAGGUCUAGACAGCUGGGAAGAGGUUGCAGGCCGAAUCCGCAGUCUCCACGCCGACACGUUGCGCAAACUAGCCGGCCGCUGUGAAGACCGCUUUAUGGCUGGACAAAAAGACCACUUGCGCUUUGGCACAGACAGCUGGUCCCACUUCCGACUGACCACGGGCAAGCCAUGCUGCGAGGCAGAAGACGCCGUGUACUACACGGCCUCGUACGCCAAGGACCCGCUCAUUAACUACGCUGUAAAGAUCUGCAGGUACAAGGUAAAGGAGACACAGCAGCAGUUCUUCCACAGCCUGGCUGUUCGACAGAGCCUUUCUGUGCACUUCAACAUCCAGCAGGACUGUGGCCACUUUCUUGCAGAUGUGCCUGCCCGGCUACUGCCCUGGGAGAACGAGGAGUCCAGCGAAGAUGAGAAGGAUGAAAAGAGAGAGGAGGAGCGAACCCUGGAGCAGAAAAGCGGCGGGAGCAAAGAGUUGCUGUCUGAAUGGAAGCGGCAUGCCGCGAGAGGGCAAGGGAACUUAGCAGUGUCAGAGGACUUGGCGAGCCACAGCGGGAAGUUGCGUAGCCGGGUGGUGGUAAUCACACGUGAGGUCCCUUUCCAGACAGUGGCUGAUUUUGUGCAGGAUGGUGCAACAAGACAUUCACGCAACCCAGAGCUCUAUGAGCGCCAGGUAUGCCUGCUGCUGCUUCAGCUUUGCUCUGGCCUAGAGCACAUGAAGCCAUACCACGUGUCACACUGCGACUUGCACCUGAAGAACCUUCUGCUCGUGCACUGCCAGCCAGGAGAUCCGUGCAACCUUGAACUUCCGGAGCCCAACAACAACACCACGUCCGCUUCCUCUGCUUGUCCAGCUCGCCUCAUCAUCAGCAACUUCUCUCAGGCCAAGCAGCAGAGCAUCGUGCAGUACACCGAGGGGGAUGAGUUCCAGCUCGGCCUUCUAAUCUACGAGAUGCUUCACCAACCCAAUCCUCUGGUCGAGGCUGCCGGACCGAAAAAAAGGGAGCAACUGCCUCCACUCCCCACACGUUCCCUAUACUCUCAGGGCCUGCAGCGCCUGGCAGGUCUUCUGCUCCACACCGAUGAGUCGGAGCGCGUCGGUGUGGCCGAAGCUCGCGCUUGUCUGCAGUGUCUGCUCUGGGGGCCUCGCGAUGACCUCCUGCGCAACACACCUCUUCCCAUUCAGCGCCAUGCCGCGCUGCAGAACUGGCUGGACUUGAAGCGUACGCUCAUGAUGAUCAAAUUCGCAGAGCGCUCGCUGGAUGCCGGGCACAGUGCCAGAGGAGUCAGCCUGGAGGACUGGCUCUGCUGCAAGUACCUAGCCUUCGCCACCACCGAGUCCAUAGACAGGGUUGUACGUGUUCUGCAGCAGCUUUGAACCUCCAUGCUCGGGCCCCAGGUGUCCUCAGACUGCCACUCAGCUUUCCAAUCCCAGGCCGAGUGGCCCAUGCACAUUUUUGCUAUAAUUUCUCGUCAGUUAGGUUUAUUAUUUUUAUUUUGAGGAACUUGCAAGACUUCUUUGUGCUUUAUUAAUUUGAGUUUGUGUUACUUAAGUACUGAGUGAUGAAGAAUUUUAGAUCAAUGCUUUUGCUUUUUUUUUUUGCAGUUGGAUUCAUUAUUAGAGAUUGUUAUUAUACUUUGUUUUUGUUUCACUGUAUUGUUUUUAUUAUUAUUGUUAUUAAUGUGACACCUUGUGCAGAAAGACUCACAGUUUGGCCUUCAUUAUAAAAUGCUCCUGUUUACUCUAGCUGUUUGGGAGAGCACUGAUCUGGCAUCAGCAGCUCGUCUCCCUCGCUUUAGCUUUAAGGAUUUCAGGAUUUCAGGUUUUUACAGCAUGGGUCUAAGCGAUUUCAUAUGAUUACGAGGUGGUGUGAAAAGGUUUCGAGACUCACUCUGUUUACAAUAAAGUUCUUUAUUUAUCUACAUUUCCACACGAUCACCUUUAAAAUAGUCCCCUUGCACAGCAAUACAGUGCUCCUAGCCUUCAUCUGGAACGUGUCCUGGAAGUCUUCUUUUUGCAGAGCAUCAAGCAACUCCUUCGUUUAGUGUCAGCUCUCCGCAACGGCAAGCUAGAUCUCCAUCUUUGGGAAGAGGGCUAAGUCUGCAGAAAGCCAAAUCUAGCGAGUAGGGUGGGUGCGGAAGUGAGAUCAUGUUGUCACGUGUGAGAGGCACUCUGUGACAGGGUAACGCACGUGGUCAGGACAGUGCCAGUUGCACAGCUCCCAAUGUACACCGGACGAUGUCUUUUCGCACACUGACUUAUGAAGGUCGGUGCUUCCUGUGACUGUGCGUGCAGCCUUGUGCUGCCAUCUGUUGGCAUGAUACAAAAGUCUCGAAACUUUUGAUACCACCUCGUACAGCGAUAAUGAUAGCAGAAUGAUAGCAUGUGGUGACAGUGGGCCGGUAAAGCAUGUAGGUUUCUGCGCUGUGUGGAAGCAUACGGAGUACGUUAUAGCACAGCUGAGAUGGGAGCUAGAUUCACCCGAGCUUCACGCUCAUAUUCUCAGCUCAAACUGUACCCUCUUUAGUCAUGUCACUCACUCACAAGUCUGGUUUUCCCUUAAUAGUUACAAUUUACAAUGAACUCUACGGCUACAUCGCAUUCACGAGUACGAGACAGCCGAUGUGAACGAUUGAUUCCAAAGCAGACAGAGUGAGAUAUUUUUGUAACGUCACGAUUAACCAAAGUGUAAGAGACGGUUGGCGUCUGCUUCGACGUUAACGCCGGUGUUAUUUUUUAAGAAUUUAAAUGCGUGCUUUCGCCCGAAGACAAAAGUCCUACAUUAUUAAAGUGUCCUUAUGCAAAGACGCACGGAAGAAGCAGCUGGAAAGAUGCAUCGGAGGGGGAGUUUCGGUUGAACGUGCAGGUUCGAGGAUCCGCAGCACUCUGUUUAGAGUUCCAGUUCUCAUGACCCCGACGAUGAGUGAAAGAUCCGAUCAGCCUCUAAAAAUGAUGGGUUCCGAACGGCAUCCUUUUAGUUUUUGUACCUUUUUCGGAUUUUAUGUGCAAUCAGUGUAAAUGAUCUGUUACAUAUGGAAGCAGUAUUUAAAUAUAGUGUAUGUGCUUUAUAUUACACAACAUUCAUUCAGUACAGUUACUUCCUCUCGGCACAUAAUUAAUGACGACGCCUUCCUCAAGGCACAGCUUCUUUUUUUUUCUUUUUUUUUUUCACUUUGAAACAUAAUUUCCAUAAUAUUCACAAGCUUGGAUGAGAAGCUGUGUGUGUGUGUGUGUGUGUGUGUGUGUGUGUGUGUGUAUGUGUUUGAGAGGGAAGUAUGUUAGUGUGCACAUUUAGCAUUUUUAUUACAUUUUGUAUUAUUGCGUGUGUGUGUGUGUGUGUGUGUGUGUGUGUGUGUGUGUGCGUGCACUUAAUUGGAAUGGAUAUGGGCUGAGGAGGUGAGAAUGUGAAGCUCUGAAGUCAGCAGCAAGUCCUAUUUGUUCCUACACAGGCUCCAGGGAUCGACCCCGUGGGCUCAGAUGCAGUAAAGAGAAGAGAAAAGCCGUCUAAGGCAUUAAUUGCAAAUCGCUGGAAUCUUAUUUACUUUUGCAUGAGCAUUGAUAACUCUAGAGCAGUGUUUCUCAACCAGGGUUCUCCAGACUCGUUGUGGUCCAUGGAAUUGUUUCCAAAAAAAACCCAACAUAUAUUUACACUAUAUAGACUAUAUAGUUUGUGGCACCUGACCAUAAAGUUGGUUUGUGCUUUUUGAACAUCCCAUUCCGCAUUUAGUCUCUGCUUUCUUUUCUAGUAACCUCCACUUUCCUGGGAAGACGUUCCUCUAGAAUUCGGAAUCGUUGAGAUGAUUCAGUAUUAUGCGAGUUCACACUGUGAGAUUGUUUUAUACUCCUUUUUAAUACUAAAAUAAUCCCAGUAUCACACUGUAGGAUCUCAGUUGUCAUAAUAUCAGACUGUACGACAGUCAAAAAACGUCGCUAACGGCAGCUAGCAGCAAACCAAAAACAAUCUGCCUCGAGAAUAAAAACGUCAAAAAACA